ACAGGUGGCGUGAGGCAGCAGGUGGCGGCGGGUCGAUGUGUGGCAACAAGGGCAGGUGGCCACUGUUGGACCGGGCGUCGAGAGAGCACCAUCACCUAGCUCCCGCGACCUCUGCCAUCCUGUUCCUACCUCUUCGCCGUCCCUCCCGCCUACCAUUCACCUGACACUUGCCUGCCAUCCACGUGUCACCUUCCCCUCACACUGUCUGCCACCGAGUGAGGUCAUCGUCUGCAGCCCAAAAUGCGUGAGUGUAUGAGUAUCCACAUAGGACAGGCUGGGGUGCAGAUCGGCAACGCCUGCUGGGAGCUGUACUGCCUGGAGCACGGCAUCACCCCUGACGGUUUCAUGCCUUCUGACGACACCCUGGGCUACGGCGCUGACGCUUACAACACCUUCUUCAGCGAGAUGGAGAGUGGCCUCCACGUUCCCCGCGCCGUCUUCGUCGACCUGGAACCCACCGUCAUUGACGAGAUCCGGACUGGAAUGUACCGCGGCAUGUACCACCCGCAGCAACUGGUGACUGGCAAGGAGGACGCCGCCAACAACUUCGCCCGCGGCCACUACACCAUCGGCAAGGAGAUGAUUGAUGUCACUUUAGACCAGAUCCGGAGGAUGACCGACCAGGCCUCUAGCCUUCAGGGUUUCCUUGUGUUCCAUUCCUUCGGCGGUGGCACUGGCUCCGGCUUCACCUCGCUGCUAAUGGAACACCUCUCAGUUGACUACGGCAAGAAGACCAAACUAGAGUUCGCCAUCUACCCGGCACCACAGGUGUCGACGGCGAUGGUGGAGCCUUACAACUCCAUCCUGACUACACACACGUCGAUGGAACACAGUGACGUGGCCUUCAUGGUGGACAAUGAGGCCAUCUACGAGCUGUGCCACAAGAAACUCAACGUCAAUCGACCCACCUACCAUAACCUCAACCGACUCAUCAGUCAAAUCGUCUCCUCCAUCACCGCUUCCCUCAGGUUCGAGGGGGCCCUCAACGUGGACUUGACCGAAUUCCAGACCAACUUGGUACCUUACCCGAGGAUCCACUUCCCUCUGGCUAACUACGCUCCUGUCUACGCCGCUGAAGCGGUUAACCACAUGCAGAUCACUACAGCGGAUCUGACCAACGAGUGUUUUGUUCCUGGGAUGCAGAUGGUGAAGUGUAACCCACGCAACGGUAAGUAUAUGGCCGUCACCCUCCUGUACCGCGGCGACGUCGUGCCCAAGGACGUCAACUCCGCCAUACAGACUAUCAAGAGCAAAAAGUCGAUCGAGUUCGUUGACUGGUGUCCUACGGGCUUCAAGGUUGGUAUAAACUACAUGCCACCUACAGUAGUGCCUGGUGGAGACUUGGCGUCAGUGCCCAGGUCGCUCUGUAUGUUAUCCAAUACCACUGCCAUUGCAGAGGCCUGGGCGCGUCUCGACUUCAAGUUCGACCUGCUGUUUGCUAAGAGAGCCUUCGUCCACUGGUAUGUAGGUGAGGGUAUGGAAGAGGGUGAGUUUGCGGAGGCUCGGGAAGACUUGGCGGCGCUGGAGAAGGACUACGAGGAGAUCGCUGAGGACCCCGACGAAUCUGAGGAGGAGAACGAGAACUACUAACU